GUUGUUAUAGUCCAACAGUAGCAGAGCUCUUUUUCUGUGGAUUUCCAGAGAUUAUAAAGGUGCUGCAGAUCACAGGGCCCCGAAUUAUGUCUGUGCUGAAGCCAUGAGUGUGCGUUAUACCAUUGAAGAAGCUCUAGAGCUGAUUUUUUCAGAUGUCCAGCAAGACAACUCUGAUUCAGAAGAGGAAGUGGAGGAUGUAUCAGAAGAAGAAGAUGGGGAGGAAUACAACCCAGAGCAUGAUGAUCUUCAGAAAAAGAAGAAAACCCUGAAGCUGAAAGAGAGACUUUCCUUUCAAAAAAUGGCAAAAUAACAUGGUCCUCAGCAGCGUAUGACCAUCAAGGCAGGCAUGCAGAACAAAACAUCAUAAAGAUGACCCAGGACCCACAAGAAAUUGAAAAAAUAAUCCUGAGAUGACAAAUUUGGAGGGUUUUCGCAAAUAUGGAGACAGCUGGAAAAAGAUGGAUGAGACUGACCUGCAGGCCUACUUAGGGCUGCUAAUCUUAGCCGGUGUAUACAGGUCCCGAGGUGAGGCUGCAACUACUCUAUGGGAUGCAGAGAGUGGAAGGCCAAUUUUCCGAGCCACAAUGCCACUCAAACUCUUUCAUACCUACUCAAGACUGAUACGAUUUGAUGACCGUGAGUCAAAACCAGCAAGAUGUGUGACAGACAAACUUGCAGCCAUAAGAGAGGUCUGGGACAAUGUAGUUCUUCUGAGCACACUGCACACAGAUGGUGACAUUAGCGAUCGUGAGGACAGGAAGCCAGUCAUCAUCGUAGACUACAACCGCAACAAGGGAGGUGUGGACAACCUAGAUAAGGUGAUUGGAACAUACAGCUGCAGAAGGAUGACUGCCCGCUGGCCCCUGGUCAUCUUCCACAUCGUCAUUGAUGUUUCCUCCUACAAUGCCUUUGUGAUUUGGAGAGAGAUCAACCCGACCUGGAUGUCUCGUAAGCAGAACAAGAGGAGGGUGUUCCUGGAGCAGCUGGGAAAGGCACUUGUAAUUCCACUCAUUGAAAGAAUGAAGCAUGUCCCCCACACAGAAGCCUCAGCAGCAGUUGUAAAAGCUAUUCAGAGUGCAGGAGCUCCUGAUCAACCUGAGGAUCCAGCUACCACAGCCACUUCCCCAGCUAGGGCAAGUAAGAGAAAGAGAUGUCAGCUCUGCCCUCAAAAGAAGGACUGUAAAACACAUACUGUGUGCUGCAGGUGUAAAAAAUAUAUCUGCAAAGGCUGCACACUUGCAUACUGCCCUACAUGUGCCAAUUAGGGUUAGUUAAUUAGUUAAUUAGU